GCUGCGUCCUGGAGCAGAGCUGAGGAGCCCUGGGGAGUCUCAAAGUUUUGAGUCUGGAGCAGUAGCGGAGAGUGGGCUUAUUGAGAGGGGCUUUUCUUGGGAUGAGGAUUGAUCUCCUGCUUUAAUUUUGGAGGCACACCCUGGUUUAUUCUCCUCAGCCUACGAUCUGAUCUCUGGACAAUCUGUCUCCUUAGGAGAUUCUCAGAUCUCCGAGGACGCUGGACCCUUGGCAGUUCUCUCUGAGGCAGAGGAGCUAACGGUUUGCUUCCUAAGUGCAUAAGCUACACGCAUACGCACGCACACACGGGCACACACAGGCACAUACCCUCACGAGGAGGCGGAUCUCGCCCACCGAGGCCGCCCAGUCCGCUCCCCUCCUGCGCUCAGCAUCCUCGGCCCAGCGCGCCUCGGACCACCAUGGAGGUGCUGGAGAGCGGGGAGCAGAGCGUCCUGCAGUGGGACCGCAAGCUGAGCGAGCUGUCAGAGCCCGGGGAGACCGAGGCUCUCAUGUACCACACGCACUUCUCGGAGCUUCUGGAUGAGUUUUCCCAGAAUGUCUUGGGCCAGCUCCUGAACGACCCUUUCCUCUCAGAGAAGAGCGUGUCGAUGGAGGUCGAGCCGUCCCCGACGUCCCCGGCACCCCUCAUCCAGGCCGAGCACAGCUACUCCCUAUGUGAGGAGCCUCGGGCCCAGUCGCCAUUCACCCACAUCACGGCCAGCGACAGCUUCAAUGACGAUGAAGUGGAGAGUGAGAAAUGGUACCUGUCUCCAGACUUUCCACCAACAACCAUCAAGACAGAGCCCAUCACGGACGAGCCACCCUCAGGACUCGUCCCCUCUGUCACGCUGACCAUCACUGCAAUCUCCUCCCCGUUUGAAAAGGAGGAAACCCCUCUGGAAAUGAACGCUGGGGUGGAUUCCUCAUGCCAGACCAUUAUUCCUAAGAUUAAGCUGGAGCCUCAUGAAGUGGAUCAGUUCCUAAACUUCUCUCCCAAGGAAGCCUCCGUGGACCACCUGCACUUACCGCCCACUCCUCCCAGCAGCAACAGCAGCGAUUCCGAGGGCAGCCUGAGCCCCAGCCCGCGCCUGCACCCCUUUGGCCUUCCGCAGACCCACAGCCCCGCCAGGGCCCCGGCGCGGGCCCCCUCGGCGCUGGCCAGCUCCCCGCUCCUCACUGCUCCUCAUAAGCUGCAGGGAUCAGGCCCCCUGGUCCUGACGGAGGAGGAGAAGAGGACCCUGAUCGCCGAGGGCUAUCCCAUCCCCACCAAGUUGCCCCUGACGAAAUCAGAGGAGAAGGCCCUAAAGAAAAUCCGGAGGAAAAUCAAGAAUAAGAUUUCAGCCCAGGAAAGUAGGAGGAAGAAGAAAGAAUACAUGGACAGCUUGGAGAAAAAGGUAGAGUCUUGUUCAACAGAGAACUUGGAGCUUCGAAAGAAGGUGGAGGUUCUGGAGAACACCAACAGAACUCUCCUGCAGCAGCUGCAGAAGCUUCAGACUUUGGUGAUGGGCAAGGUUUCUCGCACCUGCAAGCUGGCCGGCACGCAGACUGGCACAUGCCUUAUGGUCGUGGUGCUGUGCUUUGCCGUAGCAUUUGGCAGCUUCUUUCAGGGCUAUGGGCCCUAUCCUUCUGCCACCAAGAUGGCCCUGCCCAGCCAGCAUUCCCUGCAGGAACCCUACACAUCCUCCGUGGUGAGAUCCAGGAACCUGCUGAUCUAUGAGGAACAUUCUCCCCUGGAGGAGCCGCCCAGUUCCGCCUCAGCUGGGGAGCUGGGACGCUGGGACCGAGGCUCUGCUCUGCUCAGGGCAAAAGGGCUGGAGUCCAGGCCGGACGUGGAUCUUCCCCAUUUCAUUAUCUCAAAUGAGACCAGCCUGGAGAAAUCAGUGCUGUUGGAGCUGCAGCAGCACAUGGUCAGCACCAACCUGGAGGGGAAUGAGACACUAAAAGUCGUAGAACUCGACAGAAGAGUGAACGCCACCUUUUAAAGAGGCUAUCGCCACCUCCCUCUGUCUCUUCACUUAGCCUUUACCUCUCCAAACCACCUUUUGUCAUAAGCUUUUCCUUUUUGCCCACCCAAUCUGGAUGAAAACCUGGACCAGUGGUCCUGGCUCUGGAUGGGAGGACGGACGGCCUGGAAUUUCCGCCUGCGGUGAGAGAGAGCCUCCCCCGGUCCCAUGUCCCUCCCUGCAGAGGAUCCCGCCCCGUCCCUCGCUUACUGCCAUAGGCAAUUAUCUUCGGUCGGGGUGGGACAAGCAGGCUUGUUUCUACCGACAGUGCCAAAAAGAUACGGCCCGAUUCUCACCGGGGUGGGUGUGACCGCCUCCUUGAAGAAGAGCUGACUGUUGUUCACUCGAGACCCCACAAAAAUACCAGGAUGCUCGCUGGAGUCUGGCGAAGCACUGACUGACGUCCUGCCUUCCUCAGCCUGGCUCUGCGGUGCCCCGCGGGCGCCCCCUGCCGCUCUGCCCGGGGCCCCGGCCCAGGGCCCCUUCGCUGGAGCAAGGCGCCCCUUUCUACUCUCAGGCCGCAAGUGCAAUGCCUGAAGGAAUCAGGCUUCUCUACUCCAGGCAAACCUGCCCCACCAUGUUGCUUGUAGGAUUUCACAGUCUGUGUCCCCACACGCCCCUAGUUCUGCCUCCCUGGCUUCUCCUCCCCACUUGUAAAUAGUAUUUAUUAGCUUGCAGGGGCUUCCCUGGGCGACCACUGAAGACAUCCGGACGCCUCCCCUCCAGGCUCACAAGGUCCUCUGUUGGCCUGUGGAGCGAAGAGGGCAGCCUGAACUCUGGGAUUCCCCAUUCUUCCAGGCCAUGUUUUGUUUUGUGUUUUCUUCUUCUUUUUUUUUUUUUUGCUGGAAGCUUCUAAUUAUAGUUGGGGAACCUCCCUAAGCAUGUGUCCUCCUGAAGCCUGAACUCAGAGGGGAAGAUGGAGCAGGGCUCAGGUCUGAGGCUCUGUGGACAGGUGCUUUUUCUGCCCUGUGCCCAUGCCAGGGAAGCCCUGACCCCAGGUGUUUCAGACAGCCAUGCUAGCCCAGUUUUCCCCACCUCCCCUGACACGUCUGCUUUCCCUUCCUCUUCUGCCUCCAUGCAGAGGCUGGGCCUGAGGCCUGCUCCUGGGGUCAGAGCAGGUGACAUUCAUGUAUCUGUGUCUUACCUCUUCUAGUCAGGUUUGGCCACUUUGCAGCUCACCCAAAGAGACACGACCUAAUCCCCCAACCUACUUCUUUUUUUUAAUGAUUAAGAGUAACUUUUGUAGUUUAAAAAAAAAAACAAAAACUUUCCUCUUUCAUACAAAUAAGAAAUAGAAAUAGACUUUUUAUUGUAUAAUGUAGAAGGCUCCCCUUAAAUGUUUUUCCCUAGCUUGUAAAAGAUUUUGUAUAAGAAAUUUGCUCACAUUUUGUUUUUUAUUUUUAGAAGUAGCUGAAGCACUUUUAGUUUGAACUCUCUUGUCUCUGAUUUUCUCAUCUCUUUUGUCAUUGGAACCUGUACUUAGGAGAGAUUAAGCCACUCCUGGGCCCUCUGUUCCAUAUCAGCCACAGAAUUUGGUGUCGUUAGCAUUUGCCAUGAGACCUCAUAAGCAGUGGACUCAUUGGACACAAGUCUGAGCAAACUCCAGGAGAUAGUUAAGGAUAGGGAAGCUUGGCGUGCUGCAGUCCCAUGGAGUUGCAAAGCAUCAGAUACGACUUAGAGACUGAACAACAGCAAACUCAUAAGCAGAUCUGGUACCUUCAGGGCUCACCAUCAGUGAUUCCUCUCUCUCCCUACUGUGAUGGAGAAGGUUCCAACAGGGAGAUGGCCAAGUUCCUCUUCUUGGCACUGUGUAAAGCUGGAUCAGAAUCACAGUGGUCGCCUCUCACUGUCCCAUCCAUUGGCCAGCAAAGGGUGAGACCAGACAGGCUGCGCCGUGUGGGAGAAGGGUUGCUAGUACAUGCCCUGUUCCCUUCUGUUUCUCUCUACUUUCUUCUCUCCUUCUCUUCUGCUCUACACCUUCCUGGGUCCGGCUGGUGUCUGCCAACCAAGGGCCACUACUGACCCAUCCCUCUCUUUAAUGUGUCAUGUAAUUAUCAGGCACAGGCAGCCCAUGGGGUGGGGUCAAGGGUGGCUAAGAAGGUGAGAAGGUACUAUUAACUCUAGUAUUUGGACGAUUAGAAAGUGAAGCUUUGCCUGUGUCAGUGAGAAUGGGUCAGCUUACCCACCUGAUGCACUGGAACCAGAUUGGGUUUUUAAGGCUCCUGGAUCAGCCCGAGUGGAAAACCUCUUCUUCUGAGUAAAGAGGAAGAAGGCAAAGGACAACCUAGGGCCCAUACUUAGUGCCUUGAGGAUUUUAUUUCCUCACUUGACCUCACUCUCUCCAGUCCUCCAAACAGCAGGGCUUGAUCUCUGGGCAGCCAUUCUUCCAGAACUGAAUCUAUGUCUAGAGACUGAGGACAUCAGCCUGAGGGCUCAAAUGGCCAUUGUAAGGGGACCCAAGGACCAGUUGCUGCUAUUUUGAGAAAGACCUCUGCUCUCCACUCCUUGCUCAGGCGAAGAAGAGGAACUAAACAGUUACCCCUUUAGGAGAAUGUAAUGGAGUCCAGAGGAUGCAGAAGAGUUGGAUAACACCACAUUGGUUCUAAAUAGUUAAUGUGCCCAUUUUCUCUUCCAGGGUUAAGCUCACAACGUCAGUGGAUUUGUUUUCCCCCCAGAACCGUCCCAUAGCAUAGCUGAGUCAGUAAUACCUGGUUAGCCCUGAAGAUGUUAAAUAGUGGCAGGCUUUCAGCUUUGGAACCUCAGUUUUGGAAAAUUUGAGACUCUUAGCACAACCGUCAAUCAUAAAGAAUCAAUGUUCAUGAUAAAUAUACUAAUAUAUUUCCCAUCAUGUCAGCAGCUUUUCCUCUUCCCUUUCUUUGAUUAGCCUAGUGGAGAACAUGUCUUGUAAAAAGUUCAGAGAACGCAUACUUUUUUCACUGGGUGAGACCUGAGUAACCCAGACUCCCCAGCGUGGUUCUAUUCACAGCUCUGGACUUUGCACUUAGAAAUGGCUACUGUAAAUGAAAGGCCUCAGUGCCAAGUUUAAGAAAGGAUUUCUGUGAAGUGUUAGGACUCUGGAGCCUAGCUCACAUAAAGAGAGUGUUAUAUAAAAAUCUGACAGCUGAACUAGGUUGCUCCUUUUGGGCAGGAGGUGGGGAUGGGUUUUGACACCAGUACAGGCAAAAUUAGAUAACCUUUUUAUUAGUAUAAAUGAUUUUGAUUUAGAGACCUAAUUUGCAGAUUGUGAAAGCAACUUUUAGUGCAACUUAUUUACAAACCAACUAUAAAUACCGUGGGUUUUUUUCCUUCCUCAUGCCUGAAUGCCAAGAGAGGGCUGUGAUUCUCAUGUGUCCUUGGAGCAAGAGCGUCGAACUUGUUCACCUUUGUUCUGGGAGUGAGUCAGUGUCCAGAAUUUUUGACACAAGUGUUUUAUUAAAAUUUUUUUUUUUUGCACUUUGUGUCUCCUUCCUGUGUGUUCUCACACUGAGCAAAAGACAAGGAUCAGAGGCCCCUCGGGGCCAGCUCCUCUGAACACACAUGUCGUUUGUGCACAGGGUGCACGCUCAGAGACCUCCCGCUUCCCAUCGGGGAGAUGGAGCAUCCGUGCGGCCUUGCUAACGUGGGGAAAUGGGAGAUGGAGGAGAAGGCUGUAGCCUCCCCCUUCUCUGCCAAGUGCUCUUGUCAGUAAUUCAGUUCUGUGGAGUCCAGUCUUUAUUCCAGACACUAGCUCUCCUGCUUGCAGUGCAGACAAACCAUUAGCAGGUAGUGCUCUGGUCAAGGUCAUUUUCUUUGAAUGCUUUUUAGCUGAGAGAGUUAGGAGACAUGUGAUCAGAUAAGACCCUCUGGGAGGACAGCUCUGGGAGAGAGUAGAGGCCUGUGAAGCAGCCAGAGACAGUUCAGAUUCUUCUUUCAUUCACUCAUCCAUUCAUUCAUUGAGUUGUCAUUCAUUCCCAAGAAAGAGUGUUGCAAGAGGCCCUAGUGGAUAUUGGGGAGUAAGGGGCCUGACGAAGCUUCAUUAAUCAGUAACUAUUCGAAAGGCCCAAGUGCCAGCUCUCUCUUUCCCUCCCUUCCCCCACCUCUUGCAUGGGCACACACAUAGACGCACAUAGACACACACAAGAAUACAUUCCUCCCUUGUCUUGGACACUCAUUUGUGCGUUACAUGUGCCUUAUAUUUGAAUCCAGGAUGACUGAGGGCCACCUUGUCAUUGGGAGUUUUUGUAUACACCCUUGUAGUACUAAAUUGAAGUGGGUUUGGACGACGAAACUUCCAAAGGCUCAAAAAAUGGUUUCCUAAAAAGUGAGCCUUGAUCACAUCUAUACAUCAGGAGAAAAGAAACAGAGUAACGUCCAUUAGGAAAAUCCCAUUUUUCCAAGGUGUGGUCACAUCAAAAAAUGGCCAGCCAGGAUUCAAGGUAUUAUAAAUCCUCAGAGCAGAACAUUUUCUUGGCACAGAAGAAUCCAGUACCUUUGAGGAUUCAGGCUCCAUGUCUCCAUGGCCAAAGGGUCAGUACCACCUACCACAGGACAUAUUUCAUGUUGUCAUUUUGGGUAACAGAAAAUUCAGGAACUAUGUCUGAGUUUCUAGAAGGAAGGAAAAUGAUAAUUCUUGAACACUUAGUAAAUGCUGGGUGCUAAGUAAGGGAUUCCCUGGUGACUCAGCAGUAAAAAUAUCCACCAGUAAUGCAGGAGCUGCCAGAGACAUAGGUUCGAUUCCUGGGUCAGGAAGAUCCCCUGGAGAGUUGGGGGCGGGGGAUGGCAAUCCACUCUAGUAUUCUUGCCUGGAGAAUCUGGUGGGUAGAAGAGCCUGGUGGGCUACAGUCCAUAGGAUCACAGAGUCGGACGUGACUGUAGUGACUUAGCAUGCACACAUAUACUAAAUAAGUCUUUUAAUGUUAUAGCAAGAGAAAACAAGGGCAGCUAAUUAUUAUGAGAUGAUAAACAGCUAAGUGAUAGGGGAGGUGCAGCAAUUUUUGGAUUAGGUUGAACAGAUCUCUUUCUGCGUGAGCACACUGUAAGCUUUGAAGUUCCUCUGGGCGGAGAAUGCAGUGCCUCCUACUCCCUGGGCUGGCCCCGCUGUGCAAAGUUGAGGGGUUUUCGCCUCAUAGUGCAGAUGUUCAUCUGUUCCGUUCAUCCCAUCCUCUGUAGUUACAGCUAGCAGCCUCUGCAUCCUGGGAAAGCAACACCAGCAAUUUUAGCUGUUUCUCUGUUCCUCUCGCUUGCUCACCAGCUGACUGAGAACAUGAACUUUUUGCACCAUGGACCCAUGGCCUACACUGUUCAGCAACUCUCCCUUUCAGACGGAAUAUUUUCUGAGUCUACAAAAAACACCAGCACUCUUUGACAAAUUGUGGGCGACCGUUUUUAAACAAUGCUGAACAGAUUCUGGACUAUAAUCAACCAUGAGCUUUAAUGUUUGUGCUGACAGGCUGGGCUUUCUCUCUUUGGUAACAGGUUAUAUAGACCAGUAAUAUUUAAGUCUAAAUACAUUGUGAGUCUAUUAUCUGUCAUUAUCACGCUGUUUUUUUUUUUAAUGGCUUUUUAUUCUUUAUCAUAGUUAAGUAAAUACAAAAAAAAAAAAAAAGCAAAUGCUUUGUAGGAUACUUGUAUUUAGUUUGGAAAAAAAUGAAUUUAAAUUGUUAUGCUUUUGUAUUUCCAUUUCUUGCAAAUAAAAAUAUUUUUUCUUAAAUAGUAAAAAGUUGUCCAGUCUUGAAAAUCCUUGAUAUUCUGCUUUUAAAAGUUUUUUUGUAUAAGCUUGGAUCUGCCCAUGUGUGCCUAGCCAUUCUUUCCUAACUAUCUAGUGCAAUUGAAAAAAAGAGCCUCAAACCAGCAAUUUGUAUGUUAUCAAGUGCUGAAUCCAAGUCUCAGUUGGAGGAAUAUUGAGAAAUAUAAUUGUUUUUUCAGUCAGUCACAGGAAGAAAACUCAUAUUCUCUGGAGAUUUAUGCUGCCUGACUGCUAUUUUCAUUGUCUCCUACAACUAUUCUUUAACUAGAUUUCAGAACUCCAUGGAUUUUAUUUUUCUUUCCCUGUCUCGGGAUGCUUGAGAAUGAUGGCCUGGACCUGAGCCAGAAGAGAAGGAUCCUUCUUUAUAGGAACAGUCGCAGAGUAUGCCUAACAUUGGAUUCAUGCUCCAGAAAUUAUGGUUAAAUGGUUGAUAAAGGUCAAUGCACUCAAGCAGAAUUACCUUCAUUCCAUUGCAGUCUCUGUAUUCAUAUUUAAUUUUCUCCACUCAGAGAAAGUGGGGCUUCAUUUAACCUUAGAAAAAGUAGCCAAGAUGUUAAGAGACUAAGGCCAUGGACCACGCUUACCUGGAGCUCCACCCACCCUUAAGACUUUCUUUUUCUAAGCAGCAUAUGGAAACUUUCUUUGAGCUCCUGGGUGCAUUACUGUCUUGCUGCCUUUCUUCUCUGGGUGCCUUGACCGUCUCUUCUUCUAUUCCUACACAAGGGUCCUUUCCCAGUGGAGGAUUUUAGUCACCCUCCCUCUUUCUUAUUCUGUGAGCCUAUUAUGGGAACUUCCUCUUUGACAUUCUGAUAUCUUUCCAGGGAUGUGUGGAGGGGGCAAUACUCACUAGUUUGAAGAUACUCUGUAUUAAUCAUGCCUUUGUAUUUUCUGUAUUCCUAAUACUUUGAUAUCUGGGACCUUGGUGACCCAGAAAGGGACUGCUCCUCACAGGGGUAGCCAAGACAUAGUAAAGGGCUUGCCUGUAAGCACAACUUUCAUAUGCCAACCAGAGCCAGUUCCUCAAACACCUCCUUCAUGAGCUCUCAGGACCUCACUGUCCCCCUGCCCUAAUCACCACGACCAGGUACCAGACCACUAGAAACAACCUCUGCACCUCAGAGCCCACUGAAAUUCUUUAAACUAGCCACCCCUAAAGCUCCUUUCCUUGCCUUGCUUGUUCCUUUCUGCAGAAAUGACAGUAAAGCUUCUGGCCUAAUUUUCCUCCUCUGCUUCUCAACCAACCCUGGUGCUUCUUGGGAACUGAAAUUUACAAACUACCUUUUCUUUUCUAAAAGUUUUCAACAGCUUUAAUUAAUAAUCAUUAUUGCAUAUUUAUUAAGUACUCGUUGUCUAUUGAAAUCUGUUAAAUGUUAUAGAAAAAUUAUAAUAAUAGCAUAAAACAAACGAUAACAAUAGCAUACAACUUGGAGAAGCUGGGAAACUAGAAGACACAGAAACAUUAGAAAAUACUCACUAUUUAUUAGUGAAUAUGUUGAUAAUGUUCCAUAUUCUUUCAACUUGAUUCACCUCCCUGCUAAUUAAUACAAUUAGUAUUAAUUAGCAGGUAAUCUGAAUCUUCUUGUAGAUUAUUUUCUGGAUAAAGAUGAACAUUUUUUAAGCUUCUAUUUUUUUAAAUUUCUUUACAAACGAUCUUUUCAAUAGCAAUCAUCUCUUUAUCUGUUGGCCUCCCUGUAUUUGAAUAAUAAUAAAAUCUAUAUUUUAAAACAUAUUCCUUAGGCAUCAGGCUGUCAAAUCAGAGGGUGAUCUCGGGCUCACAGGCCUUUUCAUGGACGGGUUUCACAGAUGGGCCUACUAUGAUUUAGAGCAAUGUCACACAGAUUUAUUGUCUCAUUUUACAUUGGUUGUCACUUUUGUUCCAGAAAAAAUAAAUGAGACCUACACAGGUUGGUGGGGCUUGUGCUUAGGAAAAGAAAGAAUCAGAAAGCAGAUGUCUAUAAAGUGCUGCUGCUGUGCUCAGUUCCUAGGCAAAUCAUGCCUCACAUCUCUGAAAACGAGAGCUAUCCAGGUGAAGGAAUGCUGGGAUACAGUGGGAAAAAGAACCAGUGGAUUCAGGAGAUAAAAGUUACGGGCUCUUGCUUCGUAACCGUUAACUUAUUGGCCUUGAGGGAAAAGGAGACACAGCGCCUGGGCUUCCUUUAGAUUCUUUAGCCGUGGCUAAAAGAAGAUUCUUUAGCCACGGUGGCUCCGUGGCUAAAGAAUCUGCUUGCAAUGCAGGAAACACGGCUUCCAUCCCUGGGUCGGGAAGAUCCCCUGGAGGAGGGCAUGGCAACCAACUCCAGUAUUCUUGCCUGGAGAAUGCCUGCGGACAGAAGAGCCUGGUGGGCGACAGUCCAUAAGUUCGCAAAGAGUUAGACACGCGAGCAUGCACAGACGGAGUGCCUAUUAUCUACCAGGUGAUUUUCAUGCAUUAUCUGUGAUCUUGUUCAUUUUCUCUAGAACGUUUAUGGAGGAUGCAUAAUUACCCCCUCUCACAGUUGAGGAAACUGGGGUUCCAAAAUUAAGACCCCUACUCAAAUGAUCAUGUGGUAAUUUAACUGCUAAUGAGAGAUUUGAGCCCUGGUCUUCACUGGUUCCAAGUACACAGUCUGUGAGCUAUACUAUGCUGUUUUCUAGGACUUGAGGAUUUAUACUUGUAAAAAUACAGGAGUUAGCCUAGAUCAAAGGCUGCAAACCUUCAACUCAUGCACAAAUGCUUCUGAUUUGGCUCUAGGAUGAUUCAAACAUUUAAAAAUUGUUGGUUAACCUUUCAACAUUCAAAGAUUUCUCAUACAACUCCAGGUCUCUGUAUUUUCUUGAAAGACUUGAAGACCAGGCAAUUUUAGGAGCUGAGCAAUGGUGGCUCCUUAGAUGGUGUAGGCCAUCUCUGUGUGGCCGCAUUUCCCACACCCAAGCUAGUCCAUGCAUUUAUAUCACUCACCUGGUCCUUCUGUCAUCUGAAUUGACAGCCUCUGGACUAGGUGGUGGCUGACUUUCUGGGAGUCAUGAGAGAGGGCAUAAAGGAAAAAAUACUGUGUUGGUGGGAGUGGGGAGUGUGGUUAGUUUCACCCUGAGGGACAGGGAGAGGGCUGAGUAGGGAGGCACCUGGACUAUAAGCAGAGGAGGCAUAUAUACAGCAGUUGCCUUUAUUUGCAGACUAUAUGAAAAAAAUGCAAUCUGGGCUCUGUUCUUAAUCCUAGAGAAAAAUCUUCAUUAUCUCAAAGUUUGUAUGAAAAACCUUUUAAAUGAUCCCUCUUAUAUAGGACCCCGUGCUUUCCAUAAAGCACUUCCCUAUGCCAUCUAAUGUGACUUGCUGAUUAUCCAUGGGGAAGGUGGAGCAAUUGUUAUCAUUCCUGUCGCUCAGCUGAGGAGGUGAGUGCUGUAGAGAUGCGGAUGGCUCCACAUUAGGUUACACAGUGAGUAUGUGCACAGCAGAAGCACAAACCAGCUGUCCUAAUUUCCAGCCUAGUCCUAGUUCCAUGAGCUGUGUCCCUGAUCUGGGGCAGGUGACAAUAGCGUCAUCCAUGACCCCUCUAAUGGAACUUUACAAGAUGGCACUGGCAUACUCUUUCGCCUAGAAUUCUCAGCACUGAGUUUGAAUCCAGGAUUUGGGACACUCCCAAAGGCUCCUGUCUCUACAGGGAACGGAAAGGAAGGAAUGACUCAUCUUAGUCCUUUCCUGCAAAAUAAUCCAAGCCACCGUUUGCAAGGAGGCUGGUUACAACUUGAUCCCUCAUUUUCUGAUAAGUCUGGGCAGGUCGCACAAGUUAAUGUUGUCUUCCAGUGGGCACAGCUGUUGCUAGAUUUUUUUUUUUUUUUUUUUUUUUUUUGCAAUUUUAAAGAAGAGUUCUGGCCCCAGGAGGAGCCCAUGUGUUCUCCUCCUCCUUCUAUGCUGUUGUUUUUAGAUGGAGGAACAAAAAUAACCACUGAGGGAUACCAUGAAAGCUGCCGGAGAGGCUGUUGUGCUGUUUUCCAAGAAAUCUGUUUCAAAAUGUUUAAUGUCUCUUAAGAGAAAAGUAUUCAGGAAUUGGGGCUGCCAGCGUAUUCAUAACUAAUGUCCUCCCCAAUAUUUCUGGAAAAAAAAACAGAUGGCACUUUGAUGGGUAUAUGAGAGAUGCCAUGUGCUGAGGCUGGUUCAAAGAAAAAACCUCCCACCCGAAGAAGAAAUGUAAAUAUACAACCACCUACAUGUUUAGAGACCACCAGGACAGAAAAGGUGCCUCUGAUUCCCCUAAUAUUUCCUUUGUUGUCUUAACCAUCAUUUGAAUGCUUUCAGUGGUUAAUACAGCUUUUGAAAUCCUGGUUUGAGAUUGUUUAAGUUGUAAAUGAAUGCAGAAAAUAAAAUACAGUUGAAAUAGUAUGUGCAGUAUCACAUACAUAAUUCCAUGCAGUCCUACCUCAGGGGCAGUAUUUGACAGAGCAUAUAGGUUGAACCAGGAAAGAUGCUUUGGAAGAAGCCAGUUAAAGUAAGAGUCUGCAUGUGUGACAUAACAGGGAAAAGAGUGGGGGAAAGAGUGCUGUUGAAGCCCAUGACAAAAUUUUCCUGCAAUAUAAUUAAAUUUUGAAAUACUGUUGCAGUGAUAUUGUCCAUAGCUAAAAAAAUUAGGGUACUAAAAAGCUUUUAUUGAAAAAUGGCAGUUCAUUUUUUCUGUAUCUUUUCCAUCCACCAGUCCUACUUCUUGGAAGUAACCAAAUUAAAUUUCUUUUUGCAUCUAUUUCUCUAUAUAUAAUGCAUUUAUGCUUUCAGUUCAGUUCAGUCGCUCAGUCAUGUCUGAUUCUUUGCGACCCCAUGAACCGCAGCACACCAGGUCUCCCUGUCCAUCACCAACUCCCGGAGUUCACCCAAACCCUGCCCGUUGAUUUCUGCUUUAAUACUUUAUAUAUCAAUUUUUGACUCUUAUGUUCUUUCAUGUAUAUAAGAAGUUUUCCACCACCACCACUGUCACACACACACACAUUUCUUUCCCCAUUUGAUCUCUCUUUUGUAUUACCAACCUUUCUCAAAGACCUGAAUGGUUUUUGUUGCCCAUUCCCAUACAUAAAAGAACACUGAUGGCUUUCUGUGCUGGUAUCGCUCUUUCAAACAUGGUGAACGUUCCAAAAACCCGCUGGACUUUCUGUAAGAAGUGUGGGAAGCACCAGCCCCACAAAGUGACACAGUACAAGAAGGGCAAGGAUUCUCUGUAUGCCCAGGGAAAGCGGCGUUAUGACAGGAAACAGAGUGGCUAUGGUGGGCAGACUAAGCCGAUUUUCCG